AUGGACCUUGUAGAGCUUGCGAGAAUAUAUAAUAUUCUAAACAAGCAUAUAUCUGCAAUCACAAAUAUAAACAAUCAAGAAAAAAGAGUGUCAACAAACAAAGACACAUGCAAGUAUUCAUUAGAGAAUGAUUGUUUGAAAGCUAUCCUCGAAGGUGAGGAGAUGGCUUUUAUAAAAGCAAAAGCUAUUCUCAAAGGUGAGAAGAUGGCUUUUAUAAAAGCAAAGGUCAAAGUAUUAAGAAAUUUAUAUUGGGGUGGACUAUUAAGUGUAUAUAAAGAUGAACAUGAACUUAGUUUAGACACAGAAAGAAAAAUUAUAACUUUGUCAAAUGAA